UGUGGAUGCCAGGGUCAACAAGAAGUGGGGCCCACAUUGACUAAUUGCUUGUGUAUUAAGGUCUAGCUUCCCUUGUGUUGGGGAUGAUUGAUGAAUAUUGUUUAACCUAGUUCUCAUUGAGAGUGUUGUACGGAUCGAUCCAUCAAGAUCGUUCCAUUUGAUAUCAGAGGUUUGUCAUGGCCCUUACUUGUAAGGUGUUGCCAAGUCUGGAAGAUAGGAUGCACAAGUUUAUGGAGCGCUCAGAGCUUCGAUUGCGAGAAAUUUGGCUGCGUCUAUGUCCCAUACGCGACCGAAUGUUGGUGAAGGAUCCGUUCAGGUCAAAUCUGUGGAGACUUCAUAUGUUGCUCAAGUCGUGGUGCAAGGGGAUUUUUCAUUCCCGGAUUAUUACAAAGUUGAGGAAAGAGGGUCUUCCUCUCCUGAUCCAGAGUCAUCUUCUGAUGGUGGGCAAGAGAAAGAAGUGCGGCAAGAACGACGGAAGCACAUGCUUGUCGAGAAAAUCGAGAAAUAUAAGGAUGUCGAUUUCGUUGAACCGGAUGGUUUAUCGGAUGAAUUCGAAGCCCGACUUGUGGUUGGUGGAAAUUUUGAGCCAGAAGUUAAGGAUUCUGAGUUGAAGAAUCCUUCAAACUUAGGUAAAUAUUUUGUUCUUGCAAAGUUAAAAGGUGAUUCGAAGUUAGCUAAAUUGGAGAGUAAAGUUGGAAAUGGUGGUGACGCUGGGCCAUCUGAGUUGGUUGGUAUGUUGAAUUCGGCCAGCUUCGGUACUUCUAUAGCUGGUGGAGGAAGCAUUAGGGGUGUAAUGCCGUCAGCUUUGGUGCCGCCACUGGUGAAGUCGCAGUCGGUGACCAAGAUGGAGAAUGGUGAAGCAACUGACUAUGUCUUAAAGUUGUUUGAUGAAAUGCCACAAACAACCUGCACACAUAGGUUAGAAGCUUUAUCAGUGGGUGUUCCAGUAUAUUGUGGAUCAACAAUGAUUGGUCUCGCAAAUGAUAUGGGGCAUACAAAGAAGAAAUGGGAUCCAGGUAUCAAUGAGAAAUUUGCAACUUAUCUUUCCACACCAUGUUCUGAAUUUUCAAAAGGAGAAUGGGAUAGUUUUUGUGGCAACCACAAUGUGUUCGACAAUAUGCCGUUAUUAAACUGCCCACUCUAUUUAUACACUUUUAACAUCAUGCUAUCACCUUCCUUACAUGUCAAACAAUUUGAUAAGGUUGGCUUUUCUCCUAACAAGUUGCAAGAACUUGUGCAUAAUCUGCGGAAGCUCUUAUUGGCGAAGCUUACUAAAGCUUUAGAACUUGAUAAAAGUGGCAUUGGGAUGUUGGACCAAUAUAUACAUUGUUCUGAAUCUUUUCUAGAGAACACCGAUGCAAAGUUAAUGCUUGAGAGAGCUAGUCAUAGAAAUGUCCAAGUCACCAAUGAAAAGCUGAUUUUUAAUGAAGGGAUUAUUAGGGAGCUUCUCUUGGAGUUCUACACAAGCUGUUUAGAGCAGCAUAAGUGCUGGGCUGCUAAGGAAGAAGAGAGAGACCGACAGAUCAGGAACACUACUGAUAUGUACGCUACAAUGGAGUCUCAGCACAUAGGGAGCCACCAUAGUCACCAGCUCAAAGACCAUCAUUGCAGUUUGGUCUGGCAUAUUAAGGAUCUUAUUCAUAUGGCUUGGUCAUUGGUAAGACGAUCUGCUCAGCCACAGAAGUACAAGCAAGUUGUUAGCAGGUGUAAUAUGAAAGGGGACCUUGGGAUUAGGAGUGUUAGCAAGUCAGAAGAGCAUAUUAAUGAUUGGUAUGAAGAGCUAUUGUGUGAGUCUAUUGGUGUUGCCGAUCUUGCUGUCAUUGGUGUUCUUGAUAAUAAUAGGAUACCAUAUCCAUCUAAUGCUUUUGACAAGGCCCAUGGUUCUCGUUGUUUAAUUCCAUGGGGAGCACAUGAUGGGUUUUACAUGUUUGAAGUUGACCGAGUUCUUAGACAUGGUGGUUACUGGGUUCUUUUUGAUCCCCCAAUCAAUUGCAAGAAGAAUUACAAAGCAUGGCAGAGUCCCAAAGAUGAACUUCAGGAGGAACAGAGAAAGAUUAAAGAAACUGGAUCACUUCUAUGUUGGGAAAAGAAGUCUGAGAAGGGUGACAUUGCUAUUUGGCAAAACAGUGCAAAUGCGGAUUCAUGCAGUAAAAGACAAGAUGAUGCUAGAUUUCAGUCUUCUCGAGCUUGUGUCACUAGAUUUUUGACAAUGGUAUCUCAAGAAACCAAGUUCGUGGAAGGCAGAUGUACCAUAUUUUGUGAUGUUUUCUUUAGCUACAUUAUUGAGGACAAUAGUCCUUUCAAGGGGUGUGGAGAAGGGGUGUACAUUGUAAUGCCAUGUGGGCUUAAAGGUGGAGCUCAUAGGUUUCAAGAAGGUUUAGGUGUUGGUGAAAAGAUAGUCUUGAUCUUUGAUCCUGGAGGUAUUCUUGGCCUAGGAAUGACUGGCAGGGACAAGGUAGUCACAGAGGCUGGAAAAAUUAAUAGUGCUUCACAAGUUAUGGGUAGAGAGGGUGCCCACAAAAGAUUGAGAUGGCAAAGAAAUUUGGUCGAAUUAAUGAGCGUGCAAAUCCAGAACAUUUUUCUUCCUUUUAUGGUCACUUGGGAAGCUUGUGGCUCCUUAUUGGUGGCAAGACAUGAGUGGUUACUUUGGUCGGUGGUUCUGUUGGUCAUCUAUGCAACAAGGCGCUUAGAUUUUGAGUUGGCUUCAACGUGGUGGGAUGUCAUAGUUGUAAAUGGUGGCAUUUCUCUCUCAAAUUAUUGCUUCUCGUCUCUGUUCAACAGAUUGUGUAGGAGCCGUGGCUGUUGCAUACGUUCUUGGGAAAAUGGCUAUAAAUUAUCCUACCUAUUCUUUUGCUGCUGCAAUCUUGAGGACAAGAUUGCAUUUGAAGGAAAUGGGUAUGGUACGUAUCAAGCCUGUGGAUGCCAGGGUCAACAAGAAGUGGGGCCCACAUUGACUAAUUGCUUGUGUAUUUAGGUCUAGCUUCCCUUGUGUUGGGGAUGAUUGAUGAAUAUUGUUUAACCUA